GUAAACAAGGUCAAAGUCCACUAGUCCAUUGAAGUCGGUGCAGGGUCCAAUUGUUAGUAGUUUCCUUUUGAUCCUGUGAUUUUGUUCAUUUUCCUUCGGUAUUUAUCAGUCAAAAGCCGCCCAUCCGGUCCGCGAGUGGCAGUCCCUGAUUUCGUGUAGUUUGUCCCCCCAAAUAUUCCACAUGGCCUACUUGCCCAGAACGGUAGUCAGGGGAACCAGAAUGCUUGGGAAAACUCUCAACCAAUCCGGUUCGGUGCGGGCAUUUUCGCUGGGCCCGCAGCUCAGCGCAAAGAAAACGCUCAAGCCCAUUGGCCAGAACAUUGUCCUGGUGGAUGGGGUGAGAACGCCCUUUUUGAUGUCGGGCACCGACUAUGCCAAACUGAUGCCCCACGAGCUGGCCAAAGUGGCCCUUAGGGGGAUUCUGCAGAAAACUGGCGUGCCCAAGGAGAUGAUUGAUUAUAUUAUCUAUGGAGCGGUCAUUCAGGAGGUGAAAACAUCGAACAUUGCCAGAGAGGCGGCUCUAUGUGCCGGCUACAGCGACAAAACUCCUGGCCACACAGUGACCAUGGCCUGCAUAUCCUCGAACGUAGCUAUGUCGACAGCAGUGGGGCUGAUCAACAGCGGCGUCUACGAAAUGAUCGUGUGCGGCGGGGUGGAAUUCAUGUCCGACAUUCCAAUCAGGCACAGCAGGAAGAUGCGCAACCUGCUGCUCAAGGCGAACAAGGCCAAAACCAUCCAGCAGAAGUUGGGCCUGCUGGCCAGCAUCCGGCCGGACUAUUUUGUGCCGGAGCUGCCAGCAGUGGCGGAGUUUUCUUCCGGUGAGACCAUGGGGCAUUCCGCCGACCGAUUGGCCGCCGCCUUCGGGGCCACUCGUAAGGAACAGGACGAAUUUGCACUCCGGUCGCACACAUUGGCCCAACAGGCUCAGGAGAAGGGCUACUUGACUGACGUGAUUCCCAUUCAAGUCCCAGGCAGUGACAAGGAAAUCACAAAGGAUAACGGAAUCAGAGUCUCGACACCUGAGCAACUGGCCAAACUUAAACCGGCAUUUAUCAAGCCCCACGGAACGAUCACAGCGGCGAAUGCUUCCUACUUGACGGACGGAGCCUCGGCUUGCAUCGUUACUACGGAGGCCAGAGCCAAAGCUCUGGGCCUGAAACCGAAAGCCUAUCUCAGGAACUUCCUGUACGUGUCUCAGGACCCCAUCGAUCAGCUGCUGCUGGGACCUGCCUAUGCGACGCCACAGAUUCUGGAUAAAGCUGGACUCACCCUUCAGGACGUUGAUACUUUUGAGUUCCACGAAGCUUUUGCAGGACAGAUUCUGGCUAACUUCAAAGCAAUGGACAGCGACUGGUUUGCGCAGAGGUACAUGGGCAGAAGCGGCAAAGUGGGAGCGCCACCACUAAACAAGUUCAACUUGUGGGGCGGAUCGCUGUCGAUCGGCCACCCCUUCGCCGCCACUGGCGUGCGCCUGGCGAUGCACACAGCCAAUCGGCUGGUGCGUGAAGAUGGGCAGAUUGGACUGAUCGCAGCGUGCGCUGCCGGCGGCCAGGGCGUGGCAAUGCUGCUGGAAAGACAUCCAGAUGCCACACCCAAUUGAGUUCGCUAUGAUGAAUGAGGGAAAUUGUGAUGAGAAUUUUUUUUAUACUAAUUUUUAAAUUAUUUUCUUUUUGGUUUUCUUUAGCCUUUUAAGUUGCAUUGUUCAGCCCACAAGUGUAAAUAUACAUAUGCACGAAUC